GACGGAGAGGAGAGGAGAGGCGGGAGGAUCUUCUCAUCUAGGACUAGUGUAGAGUGAAGAAGAAGAACAAGAAGAAGAAGAAGAAGAAGAAGAAGAAGAAGAAGGAGGAAUAUACCGCAGCCAUCAUCCGGCUCCCCUCUCUCUCCCCCAUCCUCCUUUCUCCUCUUCUUCCUCUUGCCAAUGACACUGUCAUGAACCUGCCUGCUGCUUGUUGCUAAGGGGGGAGCCAACCAAGCGGGUGGACCGGACUGGCCACUGUUUGCUUUCUAAGGUUUGGGUGAACAUGGCUGAAGGAUCCAAAGACCGGGCCGGUGUCAUUGAUCCAGACGAGGACUCCCCAAACAUGAUUGUCUACAGAAAGAUUGAAGACAUCGUCACAAGAAUACAAGAUGAGAAAGCCGGAGGAGUCUCCAUUCGGACCGUCAAGAGCUUUCUCUCAAAGAUCCCCAGUGUGGUAUCAGGGGUGGACAUUGUUCAGUGGCUGAUGAAAAACCUCUCUAUAGAAGAUCCAGCCGAGGCCAUCCACCUUGGAAGUUUGAUUGCAGCCCACGGCUACAUCUUCCCCAUCUACGACCAUGUCCUCAUGCUCAAAGACGACGGAACUCUUUACCGCUUUCAGUCUCCAUACUUCUGGCCUUCAAACUGCUGGGAGCCUGAGAACACCGACUAUGCCAUCUACCUGUGCAAGCGCACCAUGCAGAAUAAGGCCAGGCUGGAGCUCGCCGAUUAUGAGGCUGAGAACCUCGCUCGGCUACAGAGGGCCUUUGCCAGGAAGUGGGAAUUUAUCUUCAUGCAAGCUGAGGCUCAAGUCAAAAUCGACCGAAAGAAGGACAAGGCCGAAAGGAAGAUACUGGACAGCCAGGAGAGGGCAUUUUGGGAUGUCCAUCGACCAGUGCCAGGCUGCGUCAACACCACAGAGAUGGACAUCCGCAAGUGCCGCAGAGAGAAGAACCCACACAGGGUGAAAAAGUCCGUUUAUGGGCUACCAGAUGACAGCCACAGCCAACCCAGUCCCGUCCAUAUCAGCUCUCAGCCUGCCAGGAAGCCCACCAAAGAGGACGUUCAGAAGGAGAUUACCUUCCUCAACCUCCAGCUGGACCGACACUGCAUGAAGGUUUCCAAAGUAGCAGACAGCCUGAUGGGCUACACAGAGCAGUUCAUGGACUACGACCCCUUUGUGUCGACCGUUGAGUCCUCCAACCCUUGGGUCAGCGAUGACUCCUCCUUCUGGGACCUGGAGGCAAGUCGGGAUCCCAGCCAACAGCGCGUAAAGAAGUGGGGCUUCUCCUUAGAGGAGACUCUGAAAGACUCGGCAGGACGAGACCAGUUCUUGAGGUUCUUGGAGUCGGAGUUCAGCUCAGAGAACCUACGGUUUUGGUUAGCAGUACAGGAUCUAAAGCGCCGGCCGCUGCAGGAGGUUCCCUCCAGGACUCAGGAGAUUUGGCAGGAGUUCCUAGCCGAAGGAGCACCCAGCUCCAUCAACCUGGACUCGCACAGCUACGAGCGCACGAGCCACAACUUGAAGGACCCUGGACGCUACAGCUUUGAGGACGCUCAGGAGCACAUCUUCACGCUAAUGAAAAGUGACAGCUAUGCACGCUUUUUGCGAUCCAACGUCUACCAAGACCUGCUGUUUGCCAGAAAGAAGCAACAGCCUGCCGACCCCGAACAAGGCCGCCGCACCUCCUUGGAGAAGUUCACCCGCAGCGUGGGGAAGUCGCUAACAGGCAAGCGUUUAACGGGCCUCAUGCAGUCAUCCUGACAGAGUCUGGAGUUCGCAGGAAGUGGCGCACACAAUGGGGCGCCACGAACGGGGGCUGGAUGCCAUUAUAGUGAAGGCUUUGAGGACUGCAACCAUACCGGUCACAUAGCACUGAGCUAGCUGGAAAAACCGGAUCCAGAAGCAGGAAGUGAGCGCAUGACAAGACGCUACAGCCUCCCCUUACACAACCGUUGUUGUUAAAUAAAGUUUAUAUUCAUAUUAUUUUCUAUAUGUGUGUACCGUGUAUCCUAUUAAGAGCACAUUUUUGGAAAUGCUACGGUGAAAAGCUAUUUCACACUAAUGUUUAUUUGCCCUGAACGCAACAGAGUUCCAUUUUAUUUGCCAGCAAUAAAGGGAGCGUGACACCAAAUGAUUUUAUAUAUUUUUUUGAAUGGUUUUCAUAUCUUUAUUGUACAGUGUAUAAAUACGCAUUAGUUUUGACUCACGGGCUUGCGUACUUGCUCACAGUGCAACGAAACAAGUCGAUGCGUGACAUAAAUCGACGACUAGCCGGGUGAUAAACAACCACUAAGCUCAAAAACAUACUUAAAAGUCUUGUUUCCAAAUGCCCGCAAGGUAUGCUGGGUAGUGCAGCUGCAACAACAAUAUGAACUAUAAUCAACUCCUUCUUUUUUUUUUUUUUUUACGUCUGAUGACCUCGGCAUAUUUUGCAAUCAACAAUUUUGGGGGGACAGAGUGCCACAAGUUACCCAGCAUGCCUUGCGGUGGCAAUAUUUUUUUGCCAUUAGUAUCGGUGCAGUAGUUAGGUGACUUUGUGUGUCGCGUCUGACUAUUUUUGCGAGUCAAGCGGGCCACAAUACCGCUACCGUUUUGAUGUUAAAGGUUCAAUAAAAGGAAUUCCCGGAGCCUUCAAGCCUUUUUAAUAAUAAUUCCACCGUGUGUUAAAGAAAGUAUGGUGAAAUUAAUACAUAAUAUAGUAUAAGUGUUACUUAGUUUUAGAAGUUAUUGUUAAAAAUAAUUUGGUAGUAAGCUCCACACGUUGAGUAUUUGCUAUUCUGGAUAACGAUCACGAUAUGAGG